UUCCUCGCCAUCAAACACCCCGUGCUCCCCAUCAGACACCCUCUCCACGCCAUCGCUCCCUGCGUGCACGCCAUCCGCCCCGCCACUCAUUCAACACAAAGCUACAUACACGGCCACACGACCCCCUCGCCGCACGUACACCUCCGCAUCGCCCUUCCGCAAAUCCACGAAUCCACAUACCCACAUCUCGCUUCGCCCGCCUUUUUCUCGUGCACACACAUAACUCGGCCCCAUAAAAUCUCCCUCCACAUCUCAUGGAACGAUAAUACUUCGCCAGAAAAACAUGGAUAAUACUGUUGCGCCAUCUAAAGGCAAAAAGCCCGGAGGCGCCAGACCCAACCCUGGCACUCGACCUGAAAGCGGUGGGCCAGCCAGGCCAACCGGGGCGGGUGGUGUGCCAAAGCUCAGUAUACCUCCGGACAACGUCCCCGGUAUGCAUGUUGACCAAGCAGGCCAGGGAGGAUGGCAUCAGCCCGCCUCUCUUCCAUCUCUUGCUCUCCGUCCGAUGCGCCCUUCUCCAACCCCUUCGUCGUCGUCUCGCCCUAAACUAUCUCUGACCCCGCUUACCCCGACUAUUCCUGCUUCGUCAAGCUCUGCUCCUUCUUCAGCGUCCCCAGCUCCUCCCAAUAGGCCAGCACUCUUGAACGCUCAUUCUGCUAGAGGAUAUGGGGAGAGAAACACACCAAGCUUAAAACUUUCCAUUCCAGGAGCCAGCUCCGUCGGACCGGGCUUCUCCACCGAGCACGACUACCCUCUUGAACUGCCGGACGAUACCGACGCAUUAUCCUCUGAACUGAAGACGCCGACGCCUGGACGUCCUGCUGGAGGAGGCUUGAAUCUAAGUCUGUCUUCCCUUUCACUUACAUCUUCCGAAGAUGCGAACCCCACACUACAAGCUCGCGGAAGGGACUAUGAUGAAGGAGAAUCAUCGUAUGGUUACGGGUGUGUGGGUAACGGUCUGAUUGGACCUGGAGGUGAUGCGAUCAGUGCCAUGACGGAGGAUAUUAGACAAGCAUUAUCUCGAAACCGGUUUGAAACUGGGUCCGAUAGAGGAGGAGCGAGGAGCCGAGCAGGCAGCUUGAUGAGCGAUAGUAGCCGGGCUACCGCAGGACGUGAUCGGUCAGAUUCGGCAUCACUGUAUAACGCAGCUUCAAGGCGUGAAUCACCGUCUGCUAGCCUAUCUGGAGGAUCUGCAAGACAAAGUCUGGAUCUACCGCGAGCAGCAGAAGAGGUGAACGAGCAAAAGGAAUCACCAGUAUUUGAUCCUGAAGGACUGGUAAUGAUGAGAAGGCUCGGUGAAGGGACUGGUGGCUCAGUGGAUAUGGUACAGGACCGAGCCACAGGUCGCAUUAUGGCCAAGAAGGUUAUCACUCGAACCUCGAACCCAAUGGUGCACAAGCAGCUCCUUCGUGAACUAGAGAUUCUUAACUCUUGCGCUUCGCCGUUUAUUGUGGAACAUUAUGGAUCUUUCUUGGCGGAUCAUGAUUCAUCAAUAGGAAUUCUCAUGGAGUACUGCGAAGCCGGCAGUCUGGAUAGUCUUCUGGGUAAGAUGAAGAAGAAGAGUAUGAGGUGUUCCGAACAUGUCCUGGGUAGAGUUGCGUCUUCGGUGUUGAAAGGUCUUGACUAUCUCCACCAACGGCGGAUCGUUCACCGAGACAUCAAACCCUCCAAUAUCCUUAUCACUCGACAGGGGGCCGUCAAGCUUUGUGAUUUUGGAGUCAGUGGAGAGCUGGUAGAGUCUUUGGCGGGGACUUUUACUGGGACAAGCUUUUACAUGGCCCCUGAAAGAAUACAAAACAAGCCUUACUCGAUCAAGGCGGACGUUUGGUCUCUCGGCAUGACCUUGCACGAGAUCGCCCACCUCCGAUUCCCAUUUCCUCCCGAGGGCGAAAAUCAAUCAGUAGCACCUAUAGAGUUAUUGUCAUACAUUGUGACGGCACCCGUACCGGUAAUGAUCGAUGAUCUAAGUGUGGGGAGGGUGUGGAGCGAGCCUAUCAAAGAUUUCAUGGGACAAUGCUUGAUAAGAUCGGGAACAGAUAGGCCCUACCCUUGGCAACUACUGCAGCAUCCCUUCAUUGUCGCCAGUGAAGCUAAAAAGGUGAACAUGGCCAAAUGGGUAGCAGCCCUUUGCAACUGGCCUCUAUCAUAGAAAAAAAAAAGGGGGGGCGCCAUAUGCCCAUCCAAAAUUGUCCCCGCGCCCUUGAUGGGUGUUUGUUUUUAUUGGCCUCCAGCAGAUACGUACGAUUGCUAGCUUAAUACCUGCCUCACGCGGAUCUCGCAUUGACAGUUUUCUGUGCUUCGCAUACACGCAUACACCAGUCUCUUACGAUACAAGUAAUAUGCCCAGAGUCAUGUCGCAACGAAUGUUCAUAAAUCCUAUUUAUAUCUGUGCUUGUAUAUAUCAUUAAAGUCGUCU